AGGCGACAAAUGAAACACCGCUCCGCCACGAAAGAAACACCCAUGAACAUGAAAACUACAAGUUAUAUUUUUGUGGGUGUGCUGGUGAUUCUAUCCAAUUCCGGCAAAUUGUCAGGUCAGUCCACGGAUCCACCACACACUGAGCCCCCAACUGUUCAGUCGGAUGUAGGGGCACCCCACUCCAUCACUAUCUCCCCCUCCAGCCCCAGAACGGAUGCUGGAGAGGUAGCCUCGAGUGCUCCACCACACGUGCAAACCUCCCAUCACGCUGCCACUCUCCCCUACCUGUCAGAGGCAACCUACGUCACUGCUUUGUCACCAGAACUUAGCAGUGUCUCUGGAGGAAGGACAGACACAGCUACUCUACAUAUGACAGCCUCUCUCCACACCCUCUCAGUCCUCCCACAGAAUGACUCCAGCCUCAGCCCUAAAACAGUCCCAAUCAUAGCAUCCACUGCUGAUGCCACAUCAGUUCCCCCGGAGAAGGGCAUCGCACCUACAGAGCUAACCACUCCUGCAGCAUCACCUAAUCAGACUGAGAGCAAUCACUUGAACACAGACCCCUCAACGCUUGCCAUCCUGCCUACCCAGACCACACCUGAAUCUACCCAUAUCCCUGUGUCCAGCCAGACAACCCAUCAACCAACCUCUAAGUCAGUGCCUGAAGGGACAGCUGUCGAAAUUACCUCCCUGCCACCAACCCCUUCUCCUACCCAACUCCUCACAUCAGAGGCGCCUCAGGCACCUGGCCAUCUCUCAGUGGCUCCACCCAAACAGGAAGAGCCUCCCCAGUUGGAUGUUGGUGACGAGGAUGCAGCACAUGAAGGUCACCACCCAGCCUCACCGCUGGACCCCAUCCUUGCAGGACUGGUGUCCAUAUUCAUUGUCUGCACUGCAAUAGCCUCUGUCCUGCUCUUCCUCAAAUUCCGCCAUCGUAAUGAGCACCCCGAGUUUCACCGACUUCAUGAUCUCCCCAUGGAUGACCUACUGGAAGAUACACCUCUCUCAAGAUACACCUACUAGCCAGUAUAUCUCAAGUUUAGGGUUAAAAGAAGCCAGAAAAAAAACACUGCCACUGACUGCUCGUCUUGCCUUUUGAUUAAUGAGAAUUUCAACAAAUUUGUGUUUAUUUUCUAGACUUCACCCUCACUACUGUCUUUUUAACAUUCAGUAUUUAGAGCCCUAAUUUGCAGUUGGGCAACAACUAGCAAAGUGCCUUGUGCUUGAACUAAAGCUGUGGCAUGUUGUAACAUUGCACUGCCCCACCUAUGUCUGCGCUUUACACAACUUUACACUUAGCCUGUAAUUUAAAUUAGGACCCUUCAUCUGAAAUAAGCAUAG